ACUUCACUAUCCAAUCAAGUUUCACAGUAUUGACAGAGCGUCAUGGCGUCGAGAGCUGUGUUCAUCGUUGCUGCUAAGCGUACUGCAUUCGGAACUUUUGGUGGAAAACUGAAAAAUAAGACAGCAACAGACUUAUGUGAAAUAGCAGCUGCGGGAGCCUUGCAUGCUGGCAAUGUACAUGCAGAAGCUGUAGAUUCUGUCAUUGUAGGGAAUGUUUGUGCUAGUGCAGCUGACGGUGCCUACAUUUCCAGACAUGUUGGUACUAGGAUUGGUGUCCCCAUCAGCAGCCCAGCUCUCACUGUCAACAGACUGUGUGGGUCAGGCUUCCAGGCCAUUAUAAAUGGAGCCCAUGAAAUCUUACUGAAUGAAAGUCAAGUAGUUCUGUGUGGUGGGUCAGAGAACAUGAGCCAGGCACCUUACGCCUUGAGGAACAUGAGAUUUGGUACACAGCUGGGGGUUGAUUACAAGCUUGAGGACACUUUGUGGGGGACCCUCACAGAUUGGCAGAUUAAGACGCCCAUGGGUAUGACAGCAGAGAAUUUGGCUGAUAGACACGGUAUAACAAGAGCAGAAUGUGAUGCUGUGGCUUUAAGAAGUCAGCUUCGAUGGGCUGAAGCUGCUGAACUGAGGAAAUUUGAUGAUGAAAUUGUGCCUGUCAGGCUUGAAGGGAAGAAAGGAGAAGAACUGUUUGAGAGGGAUGAACACCCACGCCAAACAACAAUGCAAGCAUUGGAAAAGUUACCCCCUGUCUUCAAGAAGGGUGGCACUGUUACUGCAGGAAAUGCUUCUGGUAUCUGUGAUGGAGCAGCAGCUGUUGUGCUUGCUAGUGAAGAAGCAGUGAAGACUCACAAUCUUACCCCUCUGGCCAGGUUGGCAGGAUACCAUGUUUCAGGUUGUGAUCCACAUAUUAUGGGCAUUGGCCCAGUUCCAGCCAUUGAGGGUUUACUGAAGAAAACUGGAAUGAAACUGGCUGAUAUGGGUUUGAUAGAGGUGAAUGAAGCUUUUGCUGCACAAUAUUUGGCUGUAGAGCGAGAACUUGGCCUGCAUGUAGACAUCACCAAUGUCAAUGGAGGGGCUAUAGCCUUGGGUCACCCUGUGGGGGCUUCAGGAACAAGAAUUACUACCCAUUUGGUGUAUGAAAUGAGACGCCGCAAAACAAAACAUUCCAUUGGAUCAGCUUGUAUUGGAGGUGGUCAAGGAAUUGCCUUAUUGCUGGAGGGUGUCUAAGGGAAAAAGAAGUCUCUUGGAACCUGAUGCAAAUGUUCUGUCGUUGAGCACA